AUGAAAAGUACAAAUAACAAUUUGAAUGAUGAAGAAAAAAUUAUGAAUCAUAAUGAGAAGAGUGUUAAAAAUUUUAAUGGAGAAUUAUUGAAUGGAUAUAUAAAUAAUACAAGUAAUGAUAUGAACAGAAGUGACGUUUAUCCUUCUAAUGAUAAAAAUACAAGGAUAGUGUCAAUAAAAAAUGUAUAUAAUAAUAUGUAUAAAACUAGUGAUAGCUUAUUUUUUAAGCAAGAAAAUGAAGAAGAUCAAAUGGAAAAUUGCAUAAUAAGAAAUGAUAGAAGAGAUAUAGAAAAUAAAUGUAAUAUAUAUAUAAAUAAUAAUAAUAUUAAUGAUGGUGUUAUAAUAAAUGAAAAUAAAUCAUAUGAUAAUCGUUCAUCCUUCUUAAACGACAACAACAAUAAUAAUAAUAAUCAUAAUAAUAAUCAUAAUAAUAAUAAUAAUAAUUCCAAUUGCACAUAUAAUGUGCAUAAUAUUAAUUUAAAUGAAGAAAAAAAUGAAAAUAUAUAUUAUUCCAAUAAUAAGGAGUGCAUCCAAAAGAGUAACGAAAAAAAUGUAUCAUCAAAAAAAGAAGAAAAAUCUUAUACAAAUAAUUUUUCUCAUACAGAUUCAAAAAAUACCGUUGUAACAAAUAAUGUAACGGAUCAGUUUAAAAAAAUGUCGAAUAAUUCAACUAUUAAAGAAAAUAAAAACUAUUCCAAUAAUUCAAUGGUAGAAGAAAGAAAUAAAGAACAUCAAUAUAAUAUAAUAAAUGAACAAGAACAUUUGAAAUUAUUUAAAGAUAUGAAUUUAGAAGAUAUAAAAAAUAUUCUUAGUAAUAAUGAUCCAAAUACUUUAAAAAUAUUAUUAUGUACAGAUAAUCAUUUAGGAUAUAAAGAAAAUAAUUCUAUACAAAAAAAAGAUAGCUUUAAUUCUUUUGAAGAAAUAUUAUUUAUAGCCAAAAAAUUAAAUGUUGAUAUGAUAUUAAACAGUGGAGAUCUAUUUCAUAAAAAUAAAGUUUCUGAAUAUACAUUGUUUAAAUCGAUGUAUAUUAUAAGAAAAUAUUGUCAUAUAAAUGAAAAUGAUAAAGAAAUUCAAAAAGAUGACACUGUAAAGAAUAAUGUAAAUUGUAAUGAUAUAAAUAAUGAUGAUAAAUCUGUCAUAAAGGGAAGUGAAGAAUUAUACGAAUUAGAAAAAUUAGACAAAUUAGACGUAUUAGACGAAGAAGAAGAAGAUGUUUGUAAUAUAUAUAAUGUGCAAGUGAAAGAAAUAAAAAAUUAUAAAUAUGAAUAUUAUAAAAAUGAUCAUACUGUUGAUAGAAAUAAUAAUGUGGUAAACACAAAUAAUAACUUUGAUGAUACAAUUAGUCAUUUGAGUAGCAUACCUAUUGUCAAAAAUAAUAAUGACGAUUUAUAUAAAGAUGGUAGGAAUAAUAUCAAUAACAUAAAAUCAUUACAAAAAAAGAAUGAAAUGAAUAAUUGUGAAGAUUAUGGUGAUUUAAAUAUUGGACAGAAUGAUGAUAGUAAUAAAAAUUUCUAUGAAAAAGAAGAAGAAAAUGAUGAUGAUAAUAUAAUUUUAAAUAUGCUAAAGAAGAAUAAAGGGAAAACAAUCAAGACAAAUAAAAAAAAAAGACAAAUUAAUAAUAUAUUUGAUAGUGAUAAUGAUGAUAUAAUCAUUAAUCAACAUCAUAAUAAUAAUGAUGUAGAUGAUGUAGAUAAUGUAGAUGAUAAUUAUAGUGAUGAAAUACAAUUUGAAGAAGAACAAAUAAAAUAUUACAACGAAUUAAAAGAAAAUAAUAAAGAAUUUUUUAAUAAACUAAAAAUCUGUUCAGUAAACGAAAAGUUUAAAAAGCUAAUACCAUUUUAUACAAUCCAUGGUAAUCAUGAUUAUCCAUAUAGUUAUGAAUAUAUAUCACCAUUAGAUAUAUUAAAUAUAUCUAAUUUAAUAAAUUAUAUAGGUAAAAAUAAUUUAAAUAAUAUUAUUGUGAAACCUAUUCUUUUAAAUAAAUAUAAAAGUAAAAUAUCUAUAUAUCCAAUUGGUUGGCUAAAAGAUGAACGAUUAUAUAGAGCUUUUGAAAAUAAUGAAGUGAAAUUUAUUUUACCUUCAGAUUAUAAAAAUAGAAUAAAUAUUUUAGUAUUACAUCAAAAUAGAUAUAUUAGAAGUGCAUAUGGAAAUAAUACAAAAAAUUUUAUAAAAGAAUCUUUUAUACCUAAAUUUAUUGAUCUAGUUAUUUGGGGGCAUGAACAUUUUUCUAAACCUUUUUUAGAAGAAAGUAUUUUUAAUUCUUUUUAUAAUUUACAACUAGGAUCAUCCGUUAGAACAUCUAUAUGUCCAAAUGAAUAUGGAGAUAAAUUUAUUGGAUUAUUAGAAAUAAAAAAUCAAAGAUUUAGAUUCAUUAAAAUUAAUCUAGAAACAGUAAGACCUUUUGAAAUGAAAGAAAUCAAACUUGCUGAUUAUGAAUUAAAUUUUAAUUUAGAAUCUGUUCUAAAAGAAUUUUUACAUGAACAAACGCAUGCAAUUUUAGAUAAAAUAAAAAAUAAUUUUUUUGAUGAAAUUAAAAAAUAUUAUCUAUUCAAAAUAUUAUUUCAUACUAAAAAUAAAUUACAAACAUAUACAACAAAUAAAGAAUGUCAAGAUGAAUAUAAUAAGGUAGAUCUAUUUACAAAAAAAAUCAAUGAAUAUUUAAAUGAUCCAAAUGACGAAAAUCAAUAUAAAUCCCUUAUUUCUAUAUCUAAAGAAGAUGUACAUAAUUUUUAUAAUAAUUUAAAAAAUGAAGAUUUCUAUUCAAGUACAUUUAUAUAUUUUGCUUUUUCUGAUACAUAUGACACAUUCGAUUUAUUAAAAAUAAAAAAAGAUGUAUAUGAAAAACCAUUAUUAAAAAUUAAAGUAGAAUAUGAUGAUGUCAAUAUAAUUAACACGCAAUUAUUUGGUUCUCUAUUUAUAAACAUCAUAGCUAAUCCAUCAGAAUUUUUAUCUUUUUAUAGGAAAAAAAUAAGACAAAAGGAUAUAUAUAAUGAUAAUAAUAAUAAUAAUAAUAAUAAUAAAAGUAACAAUAAAAGUAAUAAUAAUAAUAUCGGGACGAAAAACAAUAACGAUGACACAUAUAAUGAUAAUAAUAAUUUUAAUAAUAAUAAUAGGGCAGACGAAGAAGGAGAUAAAGAUUUACAUAAUAUGGAAUAUAUAAAUGAAUAUAAUAAAGUAUUCGAUAUAUUAUUUGAUUAUUGUGAUAUAAAAAAUAAAUUAUCCAUAUUAAAUGAAUAUGUUAUUAUGGAUACAAUACAAAAUUUUAUAUUAAAUACAAAUUCAUCCUUUAAUUCGAAUACAAAUGUAACUUCUGAUUUUACAUCUAUUAAUUCAAUGGUAGAUAAAUGUUUUAAAAAUAAAGUAGAAUCUAUUGAAAAGAAUCUUGGAGACAUGUCUGCUGAAAAUAUAACGGAUGCAUAUCUGACAGAUAUAUUAACAAAAAUUAACAACAGCUCAUAA